CGACGUUCAAAUUUAUUAAUACAACAACAAUAGCAGCAGCGGCUGUUACAACAACAACAACAACAGAAGAAGAAGCAGAAGCAGAAGAAGCAGAACCAAACAGAAAGCAAUGGCGGACGCUGCAGCAGCUGUCGAUGCACCACCAACCGAUGGCCCGCCGGCGGGCGAGGGCGCCGACGGCGAAAUUGUGGGCGGACCGCGCAAUCCGCAACAAAUUGCGGCACAAAAGCGACUGCAGCAAACGCAGGCCCAGGUCGAUGAGGUCGUGGACAUUAUGCGCACGAAUGUCGAGAAGGUGCUGGAGCGUGAUGCCAAGCUCUCCGAGCUGGACGAUCGUGCCGAUGCCUUGCAGCAGGGCGCCUCGCAGUUCGAACAGCAGGCGGGCAAGCUAAAACGAAAAUUCUGGCUGCAGAACUUGAAGAUGAUGAUCAUCAUGGGCGUCAUUGGACUGGUCAUUGUUGGCAUCAUAGCAAAUAAACUUGGCCUCAUAGGCGGCGAGCCGGCGCCGCAAUAUCCGCAAUAUCCGCCGUAUAUGCCACCACCGCCGCCGCAGCAACAGCAGCCAGCCACAGGCGGACAGUCGGCGCUGGUCGAUGAUGGAGCCGGGGCCGGGGCCGGGAUUGUGGCCAAGCCGGAGCACGGCGGCGUAUAAGUAAUUAUCGAACAGUUGAAACAGUUUUCGAUUGCAAAUAACCUCUAAAAAAAAAAAACAAAAAAAACAAACAAAAACUCAGUUAAAAAAGUCUCGAGAAUUGCAAGCAAAAUAAUUUCUAUGCAGAUGCGACAGAUGCAAAAACAUUUUAAGUAAAUUAUGACUCAUAAUAUGAAUAAUAAUUAUAAUACAAAACUAAAAGACGCUCCGGACAAAUUAAAA